UGUGUGUCGGUGCAUGAUUUCUAAGAUGUUGGAGAGGUAACGAGUCUGACGGGAUGGCAGGAAUCAUUAAAAAGCAGAUCCUGAAGCAUUUGUCCCGGUUCACUAAGAACCUCUCCCCAGAUAAGAUCAACCUGAGCACACUGAAGGGAGAGGGUCAGCUGUCCAACCUGGAGCUGGAUGAGGAGGUCCUGCAGAACAUGCUGGAUCUGCCCACCUGGCUGGCCGUCACCCGUGUUUACUGCAACAAAGCUGCUAUCCGGAUACAAUGGACAAAGUUGAAGACCAACCCCAUAUGUUUGUUCCUGGACAAAGUGGAAGUUGAGAUGAUGACUUGUGAGGAACCCCGGCCCCCCAAUGGCCCUUCCCCAAUUGCCAUUACUGCAGGUCAAAGUGAGUAUGGCUUUGCUGAGAAGGUUGUGGAGGGAAUGUCUGUGAUCAUCAACUCCAUCACUAUUAAAGUGCAAGCGCGAGCGUUUCAUGCCUCCUUUGAACUCUGGCAGCUCCAGGGCUGCAGCCUCAGUCCCAAAUGGCAAAAGAGCGACCUGCGCUACACACGUAUUACCCAUCCCAAGAGAGGAGAGGUCCUCACGUUCAAGGAGAUCAACUGGCAGAGCCUGCGCAUAGAGGCAGAUGCAAUAAAGAGUGAAGAGCAGGAUUUGGGCAGCACACCACUGCGUCUCAUUACCAAUCAAGGACGUAUACGCAUCGCUCUCAAACGCAGGGUGAAGGACUGUAAUGUGUUGGCCUCUAAGCUGCUGUUUAUACUGGAUGAUCUGCUGUGGGUGCUGACAGACUCUCAGCUCAAGGCCAUCAUACACUAUGCCAAGUCUUUGAGUGAGGCCAUGGAGAAAUCCGCUCAACAGAGGAAGAGCAUGGCUGCUGAAACAUUACAGACAGCCCCACCUUCUCCUGGGAUCCACUUUCUGUCAACUGAACCUCCUCCGCCUCAAGCGAUCGGGACCGCAAGCACACCGGCUCAGUAUUUUGACCUCCAUGAUUUCAAAGAAUCGUCCUACCACACCUUCAUCUCUCGUCUUGACCUGCAUAUUUGCAAUGACAGCUCUACAGAUACCAAUGAGGCUCUGCCUCCAGGCACGCAGGGUGCAAUGCAGCUGACCUUACGGAAGCUGGGCUGUGACUACUACCCUGUCCACAGACCAGGUGAUGGCUGUCGGCACUGGGAACGUCACUGUGGGGCAAUGGAUUCUCGUGCUCAGUGGGCGGCCAAACUGCUUCAAGAGUUCCAGAGGAGAGUGGAGGAUCUGGGCAUCCCUGGACCACAUUCAGAAUCACCUGCAUCUGCCAAAGACUCUCCAGCCAAAAGAGCCAAGGACGGGGAACCCCUAUCCAGUUUCAGUCCUGAACAUGGUCAGACCUCCCGGCGAAGUUCAGCAGCCGUUCUGUCCACAGGAACUCCUCUGAAGAGACUUCGCUCCAGCUGUAUGGUGAUCUGUGUGGACGACCUGGACAUUCAUCAGGUGUCCACCGGGGGGCGUCACAGCAAGAAAACGCAAUCUCUCCUCUUUUGUAACCGCAAAUCCCUAAAUCUCCCAGACAACACUCCAGCAAUCCACCUUCAGUUCACAGAGUACUACUUCCCUGAUAACCCUGGACUUCCUGUACCCUGCUCUAAUCUUUAUGCCCAGCUGAAUGGUCUACAAUUUUGUCUUGAUGCUCCGAGUGUAUUGUGGAUGACUCUAUUCUCAAAGGGUCUACACAGGACACUGGAUCAGGUAAAAGCCUUUUACCACCUCCAGGACAGCAGCAAGAGUGAAGAACACAUCGAUAUUCGCUUGGAUGCUAGACAACUAAAGCUCAUCAUUCCUCUGGAAUCCUCCAUUCUGGACCACCCAGACCGCCCUCAGUCACUGAGCAUCAGUCUUCCUCAAAUCGUCAUCAGCAACACUCGCCACUCUCCUCACGGUUCCUGCACUGACCUUAACAGCACCUACAACAGCUUCUCUGGUUGUCCUUUCUUCCAGCCCAUGGAGUGCCAACCUUUCCCUCGCGACCAGAGCAUCCUACAUCCCCUGCCAUCCGCAUUCCUUCAACACACUCUGGAAAGUGAACUCUCUCUACGCCCUUCUCGCUCUCAGGACGUCUGGUCUACCAGUCUGUCCCGAGUGACUCUAGGCUUUGAGGGGGCUCGUCGAGGGCUCAGGGGGAAAGCCCUUCCCUUCGUGGAGCCCUUUGCCAUGUCUUUGUGGAUGUGCCACCCUUCUGCCUUCAAAAAAGACUCUCAUUGUUCGAGUAUAGACAGAGACUCAAAGUCCCCAACAAGUUCUAUCAAACACACCCUUCCAGCUUCUUUGCAAAGUAUCAAUGAUAUAUCUGAUGAAGUCGACCAGACCAAAGGACUAGUCAACUCUCCCAUGGCCUCCAUCCAUAUCUUGGCCCAGUCUAUCACUCCAGUCAAAAUGUGGCUCAACCACUACCAGUUUGUUGCACUAUUGAGGAUGAAGGACUACCUUGCCAAACUAGCUGGAAAUUUGAGCAAGGACUUCCAGAGUUUGGGGCGUUCGGAACAUAAACGAGAGGAUCUUCCUUCAGUGUGUGUCUCAGUCCUGGUGGAGGCAAUAGAGCUCGCUCUGCUGCUUCCUCCUGCAGUAUGCGAGCCCGAAGAGGAAGCCCGAUCUCCAGAGAACACGGACACUCCCAGCCUGACAGACUCUGAUCUCUCGCCAACACACCACCCCAGUGAGUCUGACCUGCUGGAGGAAAGUGAGCUGGGUGAAAAUGUGGCAAUCUCCACGAUAGAUCAGGAGGAGGAUGUAGAGCAGGAGGGAUCGGUGGAGGAGGCUUGUGAAGCUGUUGAGGUAAUGGAUAAACCAAUGGGGCAAGAUGAUGAAGGUCAUACUGUUGCUCUGGCCCAGUCACCUCCUCUUUCCCCAGGGAUCCCUAUGGGACUGCCCCGACAAGGCUCCACUUUCAGCCUGGAGGGGGAGCUGUCCAGUGCCCUGAAUGCCACUAAAGGUGUCACGAAAGAUGCAUUCAGUGCCUCCCUUGAUCUCACCAAGGGGGCACUUUCCAUCACGAAAGAUGCCUUCAGUCUCCUGAGCAGAGGAUCUGCUAUGACUAAGCUCUUCUCACCUCAAAACAACUCACGGCCAGAAGAGUCCAGUCCCUCCAUCAUGGGGAAUCUGCGGCUUCAGUCCAUGAAACAGUCGUCUUCCCAAAAUUCCUGUGACAGUGCCAUUCUAGAGGGGAGCUUGGCAGACGAUGGCUUAUCCGUUGACAGCGACAUCAGUGAAAACUUUGUCAUCCUUAUGGAGUCUGAGUCUGGUGUGGAGUCUUUGCGUCUUAAUGGUACAGGUGUUCACUCAUGCAGCGUUAGUCCUGCACCGGGCACAGAAGGAGGGUCAUCAGCAGAUCUCGGCAGCUCUCUGUCCCAUAGCACUGAAGACACUGCUCAAGACAUGGUGUCUGUGUUAGUUUUGUGCCUGAGCCAGAUGGGGUGCCUGACGGAGAUGCGCGGCGAAGAUAUCGUUGUAGCGCUGGAAGCCCAGGAGCUUGUGCCUAAACAACUUGGAAACCAUAAAGUCACAGACCUGCUGGUAGGACUGACACUAACGCAAGUUGGCUGUACCUCUCCCAGUGCUUUAUCACCUGAAUCUCUCUCCGGCCCCCCGACAGCAGCAGUCAGAUUGGAGAUGGGGCCACGUGCAGGCAGACACUCCCCUCUGUCUGAAAGUGUGGGGUUCAUAGAGAUGUGUUUGACAGGGUGCAGAGCUGAGCUCCUGGCUUCUACCUUAAGUACUCUAGGCCCCUUCCUGGAGGAUGAACUUGGUGCAGACACACAGCCAAUGAGACUUUGGGUGCGGGACACUACCAUUAUACUAAAGGAUGAUGGUCCUCAUGUCUACCCGACUGCUCCUCGGCCAGUUCCUGUGCUCUUCUCUCUAGAUGGCAUUGUGCUGGAGCGUUUAGAUGAUGGAAUCCUCGGCUUGAGACCUGCUCAAAGCCAAUCAGGGAUUGAGAAAGAAGUGGACAGAAAGACAACUGGCCAAUCCUGCUCUGGAACUCAAGGGAAGAAGUCUCUGGAGUCCAGGCUCACUGAUGUCCAAUUAGCUCUUGAGAAAGCUCUGUCUGACCGAGAGCGCCUCCUACAGGAAGUCAGGAAACACAACCCUUCCUUCACCUUAUGAGCUUGAAAGGAAAAGUAACUAGACUUCAAACAAGGUCUAGUUACAAGAAUAACAUGUUUUCACCUUCUAGAUAAACUAGAAGAGAAAAUAAAUUUGCCUUCUCUGACAAAGUUCUUUUCUCUUCCUUUAAUCUCUCUUCUGUCUGAGUGCCCUCUAUUGAGUCUUCCUGCAUAGUGACAUUUUUCUGUUUGUGACUGAACCACACCAAUGCAUUAACUUCACAACUGGAGGAUGACUGAUGUAAACAAAGACUGAUAAACUCUUUCACUGCCAGAGACCCCUCUCUCCAGCACAGUUUCCUCACUUUUGGUCGGCGUGCUUCUCACACAUGAUCAGUAAUUGUUAGUUUUACCACAGGACUGUGUAAAUCUUUGAGAUUUUAUACGUGUGUCCUAGUGACUCUCCCUUUGGUAUCACACAUGUGAAGCGCUGGUAGAUGUAAGCUCUGUUCCAAAACCUAGUAAGCUGCCUCCCUAGAAAGCAUUUUAAGGCGUCGUACAUUGCUGUUGUUUGGUCUGGUCCAAAAGUUAGGCAGCCAAAUUAUGCAGCCUUCUAAGGUACCUUGUUCAGGCCAAAUUAUAAGGCAACAUUGUAUGUACCUUUCAUGGACAAAAAUGCAUUGUAAUAAGCUCAUUGAAAAUAUUCCUCCAUGUUGGUGGGCGGAGUAGAGAGAAAUGCUGAUUAUCAAUAUAAUUAUAUUUAAUUUAAAACUGAAAAAUAUUGAGAAAAAUCUAAUUCAAAUGGACUAAUUUACACAAUAUUUUUGUGUGCUAUGUAUCUUUUUUGUUCUUAUAAGAAUAUAGUGAUGUUAGCUUAGCAACAUGCUAACAGCACAGUACUCUAAUAAGCAAUAUAUAUACUGUAUAUAUAAACAAUUGAAAUAAAUUUAAGAGCUAAUAGUGCUACAUUAUCUGGUCAUUAGCUCAGCAACAUGCUAACAUCAAACUGUAAGCACAAAUCAAGUUUGAGUAACGUGUUGUUAGCUUAGCAACAUGCUACCGUCAAACUAUUGAAAUCAACUAUAAGGGUUAGUCAAGCUAGGAUAUCAUGUAGUUAGCUCAGCAACAUGUUAACAUCAAACUGUAAGCACAAAUCAAGUUAGAGUAUCAUGUAGUUAGCUUAGCAACAUGCUACCAUCAAAAUAUUGAAAUCAACUGUUAGCGUUAUUCAAGCUAGAGUAUCAUGUAAUUAGCUCAAUUAGCUAACACCAAACUGUAAGUGCAAAUCAAGUUAGAGUAACGUGUUCUUAGCUUAGCAACAUGUGUUUUUGCCAUGUGCUUGUAUGAUUGUUGAAUGCAUUUGUACUGAAAUUAAUUAACAAUUGAUUAGCUUAGUCGAUUAAAUUAUUACCAACAACUUAUUGAUCAUUGUUUAAUCAUCAACAUCCCUAGUAGACAGCAAGGCAGUGUACUAGGUUUCAGAACAGAGCUGUAGAGUUUUGUCAAAUGUAUUCAGGUAGUUCAUUUGAAUAGUGUACUUUACAGUGAGUUUUUUAUAGGCUGCUAUUUAGCUGCAUCAAUGUAAAGCAUAGAGCAGGGGUCGGCAACCUUUAUUUCUAUGAAGUCACUCGCACCUGCAUGCCAAUCUACCUCUUGAUGUAAUCUUUCCUCUUGAUCACGCAGUGUGUUUUAUGUAAUUAUAAUGGGAAGCUAAACACUAUUAUAGUGUGAUGAGACUGCAUAGUCAACAACUGAGUGCAGUGCAUGGAAGCUGUUUGCGCAUCACUUUCGGUGAAUUGCGCGAGUAAAUGCAUCCACUUUGCUUCGGUCGCGCGGUUCGGUUCAGCGGAUGAAAACCUACAUCUCUUAUUUGUUGCUUUUUCCUGUCAGAGUAAAACUUGAUGUAAAUAAGAAGACACUGCUAUCAGUGCUUAUGCACCCUCCUUAAACCACAAUGAAGGUGACUCUCAAAACUACAUUUUUAAGGGAAAAGAGCAAAAACACAAAACAUUAACAAAUUAUAAAUUACACAUUAAAACCUGGAAAUAAAGUGUCAUGAUUUUGAAAAAAUUAUGACAUAAAAAAUAAAAUACUUCCCGUUAAAAAUGUCACUCAAUGUCAAAAAGGUUGCCAACCUCUGGUCUAGAGGAUUGCUGAUGUUUGAGUCAUUCAAGGGACAAGCUAAGCACUUUAAGCAUUUUCACUUAAAUGCACUGUAUCACAAAUCGAGCUUUAUAUGAGGUUCCUUGUACAGCAGACAGUACUUUUGUUAACAAAGUCAUCGUGUCAGUCAUGGUAUUGAGAUUACCACCUUUUCCACUAAAGUAGGAACACAUUUGUCAUACUGUACAGUGUUGCUAUACAGAAUAGAAAAACAUUUUUUAAAACAUUUAGAUUUUUUUUGGUUACAGUCUGUUACAAUUAAAUCACUUAAAGAUGCUUAAAUAAUCUGUAUGAUUGGACAACCAUAGUAAUUUAAAUACAUGUUUACUUGAACCUUUUUGAACAUGUACAAAGAGGUGAUGAUGUAUUUCUCCCAUAUUAAAGAUUUUAAGGAGUUGAGAUGACAGGGUAAUAUGAAAAAUGUUUUAACUUGUACUAAAGAAAUUGUAUGGUACAGGUGCUAAAGUGUACAGCAUUUCAACACAUUUCAGGCAUGUACUUGUGUAUCGCAAGUCUCACUGAAUUUUUGUGGUAAAAGCAGUAUUAUGAGUCUAAAUAAUUGCCUCUAUACUUAUUACUAAUAAGUAUAGAGGCGAUUUACUUGACUUAAGUUACAAGUUAUUAGUAUGGUAAAUAUUCAUUUAAACAGCCAUUUUAAAUUAAAGUCAACAGCUGGAAGAAUGUAUGUUCUCUAGGCCUGUUUGAUAUCAACAACCCCUUUCUGUUUUCAGAUAUUUGUGUUGAAUUAGUUAAGAGCCAAGGUGUCUAAAUGUAACCCAUAAUUAUUGAUUUAUUGGUUACUGUGAGAAGUUUAACAACAUGAGACUGCAUUCUACUGGAGUGAAAAUUAAAUCAGUGAUGCAAACUACUCGCCUUUCAGCUAAAGUCACCUUUUCUGAAGCUAAUUUUCCCAAAUUGAUGUGUAAAAUUUCUAAAAUGUUCUUUAUUAAAAUCACUUGAAAGGGUUACUUUAAGCUUAAACACUUUAUACAAAGCUUUGAAUACAACAAAAAAAUCAACAUAAAUUAUACAUCUGGGACAUCUGCUAUGACUUUUUCACCUUUUUCACCACUCAUGAGUUUGCCUCCUGUUAAAUGUGUAGCAUUUUUGUACACUAAAUAUUCUCUGUAUUAGUGUAUUGAGAUGUCUUCCAGAAAACUUGGAAAACUGAUGGUUGCAAUUGACUAAAGUGUAGAUACGUUUUCUGUAGAUGUAGUCUGUAGAACAACUUCAGUGCAUGGAAAAAAAUAAAUAAAAUUGUAGGUGUUUAAUGCAUGCUUUACUUGAAAUCUUUCACAAGUGCAGCAUCAUCAAGGUCACAGACUGUGUUUAGUAACUCUGCAUUUAUUUGAUUUCGUGGAAAAGCAUGUUACACUUUUCUCAUUCAAGCCUUCCACUUUUAAAUAUAAAUAACUUUGACAUUUUUAGGGUUAUUACUACUUUUACUGUAAUAAUUUUUUUACUAAUUGUUAUGAUGGUUUGUAGCUGUGUAGUUGGUACUAAGUUUACUUUUAUUUCUUUGUGUACAGUUAAAGCAAAUAAUCUGUAUGAUGAAUGUUUAGGUCACUUGUUUGUUACACAUAAAGGUUUCAGAUGAUGUUGUAUGCAAAUGUUCUCAAGCACAGAAAGAAUGGCCUGUGCAUUUGUCCCUUGGCCUCGGGUGAAUGUUGUCCCUAUAACUGUCACUGUAUUUUGACCUUUGACCUCAUGUGGUUGAAAUUCAAGGAUUUAGUUUGUCCCCUGACCUCUUCAUUAAAGUAAUAAGAUUUCACAUUUUAUAUCACCACGAUUAAUGUUAUGGAACAAAAAAAAUAAAAUAAUAAAACUGAUAUUUUGUUGGUUCUGUGAACCAUAACA